AUGGCGGAAAUAGUGUACCCGCAAGGCUGCCGCCCCAUUACCGAUGACCUUGGCCCUGAUGAGCUAGUUCGAAGAUUAAAGGCCUUGGCUCACACCCUUCAGGGUCUUGGGCAGGAUGAAGGUAUGUACCAGCAGUUCAUACCGCUGGCGAUCCACCUCGCAGACGAGUUCUUCCUCACUCACCCGUCGCGAGACGUGCAACUCCUCAUCGCGUGCUGCAUCGCCGACGUGCUAAGAGUCUACGCCCCUGAGGCACCAUACAAAGACCAGGAACAGGUCAAAACGAUAUUCCUGUUCCUGAUAAACCAACUCCAGGGUCUGCGCGAUCCCAAGGACCCAGCGUUUAAGCGCUACUUCUACCUCCUGGAGAACCUGGCCUAUGUCAAAUCCUUCAACAUGUGCUUCGAGCUCGAGGACUGCCAGGAGAUAUUCUGCGCCCUCUUCUCGCUGAUGUUCAAGAUUGUCAACACGGAACACUCGACGAAGGUCAAGUCGUUCAUGCUGGACGUCCUCUGCCCGCUCAUCACCGAGUCCGACGUGGUCUCCAAAGAGCUGCUCAACGUCAUCCUCAUCAACCUUGUGGAGCCGAACAAGCGGGAGCACAAGCACGCCUACUCCCUCGCGAAGGAGCUCAUAAUCAAGACAAGCGAAACUUUGGAGCCCUGCAUACAAGCGUUCUUCAACCACGUCCUGAUCCUCGGCAAGGAGGAGAAGAACCUCCUCAUCUUCUCCAAAGUGUUCGAGCUAAUAUACGAGCUGUACCAGUGCUGCCCAUCUAUACUGCUGUCUGUGCUGCCACAGCUGGAGUGCAAGCUGAAGUCCGCCCAGUUCCAGGAGAGGCUAAGCGCGGUGGCGCUCCUAGCGAGGAUGUUCUCCGAACCGGGCUCAGAGCUGGCCAAGCAAUACCCCGCUCUCUGGCGGGCGUUCCUGGGCCGUUUCAACGACAUCUCCGUACCGAUCCGAAUCAAGUGCGUCCAGUACUGUAUGCACUUCCUCGUCCACCACCCCGACCUGCGGAAGGACAUAACGGAGACCCUCAAGAUGAGGCAGCACGACGCCCACGAGCAGGUGCGCUACGAGGUGGUGAUGGCGAUAAUAGCCACCGCCCAGAGGGACUUCCAAGCGGUCGCCGAGUCGGAGGAUCUAUUGCACUUUGUACGGGAGAGGACCCUCGACAAGAAGUUCAAGAUACGAAAGGAGGCCAUGUCCGGCCUCGCGAUGAUAUACAAAAAGUUCCUGACGGAGAAGAGCGUACCGCCGGCGACAGAGAAAGCUGUGCAGUGGAUCAAGGAUAAAAUCUUGCACGGCUACUACAUGACAGCGCUGGAGGAUAGAUUACUAGUAGAGAGGCUGCUCAACGCCUCUUUAGUUCCGUACACUCUACCGGCGCCGGUGCGUAUGAAGAAGCUCUACUACCUGAUGUCUAACGUUGACGACAACGCCACCAAAGCGUUCAUAGAGCUGCAGAAGCACCAGCUGGCCGUGCGUAGAACGGUAGCCGAGUGGGUGGAGCUGCACAGGAAGCCGCCCACGCCGGCCGUCCAGAAGGAGCUGAUCGCGAAGGUGCUGCACAUCAGCUCCAAGUUCCUGCCGGAGUCGGUGAAGGCGCAGGAGUUCCUCAACAAGUUCUCGCAGCACAUGAAGAAGGCGCCCGAGCUGCUGCAGGGCAUGGAGACCAUACUCAAUCCGAACGUCAGCUGCGACGUGUGCGUUAGGACGACCUCGAGCGUUCUAAAGAAACUGGGCCAGCCAGUUAUGACAAACCUAUACUACAACACUGUGAAGAUGCUUCUAGAACGAGUCAGCUCAGUGAUGAUCGACCAUGACUCUCUGCUUAUACUCGUCGGCUAUGUGGAGGGCGCUGUUAAAGGAACGGACACCUCUAUCGCGGAGGAGUGUGGCAUCGACCUGAAGAAGGCGGCGGAGCGCGGGCUGAAGCUGCUCGUGAUGCUCUCGUUCGUGUUCCCGGCCCACUUCCUGCACGAGGACGUCCUCAGCCGGCUCACGUCGCUGCUCGAGAUGGACGACGAGACGGUGGCGCCGCACAUACUCGCCGCGCUCACCUUCCUCGGCAAAUACCGCCCGCUCAGCGAGGCGUGUCCGUCACUGUUCCCGAAAUUGAUUACGCUGUGCAAGGCGUACGCGGAAGUUGGCACGCCGAAACAGGCUAAGAACGCCGUGAGGUGCCUGUUCGUGAACGUGCCGGAGCAGCGGUGCCAGAUCUUCACGGAGAUGCUGGACACGCUGCGCGCCACCCUCAACCCCCUCUCGGAGCACUACCGCACCGCCAUCGUCACGCUGGGCCACGUCGCGCACAACCUGCCCGACACCUUCCCCGUGCACAUCAAGAACAUCGUCUCCAGAAAGAUCGUGAAGGAGCUGCUGGUCCGCGAGGGCGGUGGGGGUGCGAGCGCCCCCCGCACGGAUUGGUGCGACGAGGAGGAGCUGCCCGAGGAGACGCGCUGCAAACUGGAGGGGCUCAAGUGCAUGGCGCGCUGGCUGCUCGGUCUGAAGAAGGACGAGCUCUCCGCUCAGAAGACCUUCCGCAUGCUCAACGCGUUCAUCGUGCACAAGGGCGACCUCUUGCAGCAAAAUCAGCUAUCGAAAGCCGAAAUGGCUCAUUUACGGUUAGCGGCUGGGGCGGCCAUGUUGAAGAUUUGCGAACAGAAAGGCGUUGGUGACCAAUUCACCGCAGAGCAGUUUUACAAUUUGUCACAUCUCAUGGUUGAUGAAGUUCCACAAGUGCGAGAGAUAUUUGCGGCCAAACUUCACAAAGGACUUUCUAAGGGCAUCCCGAACAAGUGCCUGCCGCUGGACUUCAUGGGCAUGUACGCGCUCGCGGGCCGCGAGCCGGACCGGCGCGUGCGCGCCCUGGUGCGCCAGUACAUGCUGGCGGACGUCGUGCGGCGCCGCGACUACGUGCGCAACAUCACCGUCGGCACCAAAGUUGAACGCGCCGUCAGCCAGUUGCCACACAUCCUGCCGGACUAUAUGCUGGUCUUCGCAGUGCCUAUACUCGCGCACGACCCGACUUUCACCGCCUACGACAACAUCGCUCAACUUAAGGUUGUAAAGCAAUGCUUAUGGUUCAUAUUGGAGCCGCUAAUAACGCGCAACGACUUCUACUGCUACGGAUUCUACAAGAGCCUCGUUGAACGCAUGAAAAACCACAAAGACGCGCUCCAAGAAGACGAUGACGCCAUCAACUACAAACUGUGGGCGGUGUGCGACCUGGCGAUGUCGGUGAUCUGGUCGCGCUCGGCCAACUUCGAGAUGCGCGAGUUCCCGUCCGACGCGCGCAUCCCCACGAUGUACUUCGCGCCGCAGCCGGACUUCUUCGUCAACACGCGCAUCUUCCUGCCGCCCGAGCUGCAGUACCAACCUAAGAAGCAAAACACAUUAACGUCCUGCGAGCCAGGAAUGCGAGCCAAGAAGCGCCCGCGCAAUAUGCCAGAUAAAGACAGGGAAAAUACCAAUGAUGUUGAGCCGUCGGAGGCGUCCGACACGCAGAUCCAGCUGCCCGGGCUCGAGCCCGCGCCGGAGACGGACGUGGACGAGCCGCAGGCGAAGCGCGCGAUAAGCGAC